AACGGAGCACAGGAAUGUAGAGAAUCCAUCUCCAGCGUCUCACAAUCAUAUGACUGAAAUAUUGUUCGCUGGACACCUGAACGCGCUUCAUUCACUUAUUAGAGCAGAACCCAUCGAAACUAUCGCCUUGUGACGACGUAUCCUCAAUACACGCGCCAGAUGCAGAUAAACCACAUCUACUACGAAAUACCCCGUGUUGUCGGAUAGAAUCUGAAUCAAUCUACCGUGCAAAUCAGAAACUCUUUCUAUCCUCAUCUGGAUUUACUCUGGUUUCCUCGCGGGGGAGGAGCAGCAUCUUUCGCCACAGAACCACGUCACUCUGUCAAACUUGCAGAUUUUUAUGAAAACUUGAGCCAGCGAGAUUCAAGCCCCUUCCUUUUCUCUUCCUGGAGGAUAUCUGGGUCGGCGCAGAGAGAUGCAGACGGGAUUUAGAUUCAAUUUGACCCCUGUUAAAGAGCCUCUGGGUUUUGUUAAACUCGUGGAGUGGCUCAUGGCCGUGCUUGCAUUCGGGACCUGUGGAGGAUAUACUGGCAAAAAUGUGGUUUCCAUCUUCUGUGGCGGAGGCAGCAAUGAAACCCUCAGUGCCACUUUCACCUACCCAUUCAGGUUAAACCAGGAGCUGCUGGUGGAGAACAACACCACUCUUUGCAACCGCACAGUUUCUGCAACCCAUCUUGUAGGAGACUCAUCGUCCUCUGUGGAGUUUUUUGUUGCUGUGGCCGUCUUGGCUUUCCUCUAUUCAAUGGUGGCUCUGCUGGUCUAUCUGGGCUACAUGCAUGUGUACCGAGACUCUGACUUCGGCCCUAUGUUUGAUUUUGCGCUGACAGCAGUCUUUGCGUUCCUGUGGCUGGUGUGCUCGUCUGCCUGGGCUCGAGGUCUGCAGACGAUGAAGGAAGCCACCGGUACGGCUGGCAUUGAAUCCACUCUGGCGCUCUGUACGGACAAAGAUGUCAAAUGUGAAGUCACUGAGUACGCCAGCCUGCGCUCGCUCAAUAUAUCUGUGAUAUUUGGUUUCUUGAAUCUCAUCAUAUGGGUUGGAAACACCUGGUUUGUGUAUAAGGAGACGCGCUGGCACUCUCAGAAGGUCAAUGCUCAGCAAGCGGCGGGACGGGGUCCAAAUCCAGCACCCAUCUAAACAAUUAGCCCACAGCGUAACACCUUAGCCUUCAUGAAAAAUACACAGUAACAGGUGAUGCUUUAUGCAGUUUGUCUGUAAGACCAAUAAUCAUAUGACUCUCAUUUGUGAUGUUUCUCUCUUCUCCUUUUCUGUUUUACACCUUUAAUUUCUUGUGUACUUAAAGAAAAUAUCUUUUUUUACCUUGGUUAUAUUUAGUCAGCAUGCUUUUUA